GGUUUAUUAUCCAAAUAAAGCAAUAAUGGAAAGCAAGCAAACAUCUUUCAGUUCCAAGGUUUCGGUGAUUUCCUCAAGGCAAGCACUUCCUCUCUUAUGUAGUCUAGUGGUGGUGGUGGCAGUGGUAAUUAUGAAGACAGUUCUUGAUGAGCUUUCAUUUGACGGGAAUGGGCGGGCCACUACAACAUCCCUUUCAGUUCACUUAUGCAAACUAGCCCACUGUUGUACACCGGCCCGGGGAAAUAGCCAACGGUAGGCUUCCUGCGGAGAACGCAAGCGUGCGUCCGGCUCCAUUCCUAAACCCAAACGGACGUGCUGACUUCGAAGCUUUGCCGCAAAAAAGGAGACAGCAUAAAGAGUGUGCAGAAAGAGUGACUACUGGCCAUAUGUCAACGAAGGGCAGAAAGUAUCACGAGAGAGUAUCGUUCUCCGAAGAGGAGGAUGAACAGUGUUGGAAAGAGGAAAACGGCUGUGUGGAUGUACAUUACCUAAAAUCCGUCCAAACAAUUCGGGAUUCGUCUGGAUAUUAUGCAUAUAAUAUGAAAGCGGCGGCGGAACUUGAGCUCCCCGCCCACCGGCGGAUGACAGCGGCGCGGGAGAAGGGUCGUCGACCGCAGAUGCGUGGCCCGGCCUUCAUGUUCAACGACCGCACCACCAGCAUGACCGCCGAGGAAGAGCGCUUUCUGGACGCGGCAGAGUAUGGCAACAUCCCUGUGGUCCGCAAGAUGCUGGAGGACUCUACCACGCUCAAUGUCAACUGCGUGGACUACAUGGGACAGAACGCAUUGCAGCUGGCGGUGGGCAACGAGCACCUGGAGGUGACGGAACUGCUCCUGCGGAGGGAUAACCUGGCACGCAUCGGUGACGCCCUGCUCCUGGCUAUCUCAAAAGGCUACGUCAGGAUAGUGGAAACCAUCUUGGCCCAUCCAUCCUUCCAGGCUAGCGAGCGACUGACACGGAGUCCAUGCGAGCUGCAGGACGACGACUUCUACUCGUACGAUGAGGAUGGCACGCGCUUCUCGCCCGACAUCACCCCCAUCAUUCUGUCUGCGCACUGCCAGAAGUACGAGGUGGUGCACAUGCUGCUGCUGAAGGGCGCGCGCAUCGAGCGGCCGCACGACUACUUCUGCAAGUGUGUAGAAUGUGCCGAGAAACAGGGCAAAGACGCUUUCAGCCACUCACGCUCACGCAUCAAUGCCUACCGGGGCCUGGCCAGCCCGGCUUACCUGUCACUGUCUAGCGAGGACCCAGUGCUCACCGCGUUGGAGCUCAGCAACGAACUGACCAAGUUGGCCAACAUCGAGAAGGAGUUCAAGGAUAAAAAGAGCCAUAAAAAAGAGACCACGCAGCACAAUUGCUUCUCCCUGAAUGACUAUCGCAAGCUGUCUAUGCAGUGUAAGGACUUUGUAGUGGGAGUGCUGGACCUCUGUCGGGACACAGAGGAAGUGGAAGCCAUUUUGAAUGGAGAUGUUACUGCUGAGAAGGAGUCGGGGCAGGGCCUUCGCUCUCUCCUGAGCAGGGUCAAACUGGCCAUCAAGUACGAGGUGAAAAAGUUCGUGGCACACCCCAACUGCCAGCAGCAGCUGCUGACGAUCUGGUAUGAGAACCUGUCGGGCCUGAGGGAGCAGACCAUCGCUGUGAAGUGCCUGGUGGUGGUGGCUGUGGCCCUGGGUCUGCCCCUGCUGGCUGUGGGUUACUGGUUUGCCCCUUGCAGUCGGCUGGGCAAUGCUUUGCGUAGCCCCUUUAUGAAGUUUGUGGCCCAUGCCGCCUCCUUCAUCAUCUUCCUGUGCCUGCUGUUGUUCAACGCAUCGGACCGCUUCGAGGGCAUCAGCACCAUGCCAAACGUGACAGUCACUGACCACCCCAUGCAGAUCUACCGGGUCAAGACCACUGAAUUCAGCUGGACUGAGAUCCUCAUCAUGAUCUGGGUCACAGGGAUGAUGUGGUCUGAGUGUAAGGAACUGUGGACUGAGGGGCCAAGGGAGUACAUCCAGCAGCUGUGGAACGUUCUGGACUUCGGCAUGCUCUCAAUCUUCAUCGCCGCUUUCACUGCCCGGUUCUUCGCCUUCCUUCAGGCCACCAGAGCCCAGCAGUACGUCAACGAAAAGAUCCACGCUACCGAUCUCUCCCUAGUGACCCUACCCCCAGAGGUCAAAUACUUCACCUACGCGAGGGACAAAUGGCUGCCGUCAGACCCCCAGCUGAUCUCAGAAGGACUAUACGCCAUAGCCGUGGUGCUGAGCUUCACACGCAUCGCUUACAUCCUGCCGGCUAACGAGAGCUUCGGACCGCUCCAAAUCUCCCUGGGCCGCACUGUCAAAGACAUCUUCAAGUUCAUGGUCCUGUUCAUCAUGGUCUUCCUGGCGUUCAUGAUUGGCAUGUUUAUCCUCUAUUCUUACUACUUGGGUGCCAAGGUCAACCCGGCAUUCACCACGGUGGAGGAGAGCUUCAAGACUCUGUUCUGGUCUAUAUUUGGGCUGUCAGAGGUGUCCUCCGUGGUGCUCAAAUACAACCACAAGUUCAUUGAGAACAUCGGCUACGUGCUCUACGGAAUCUACAACGUGACCAUGGUGGUGGUGUUGCUCAACAUGCUUAUCGCCAUGAUCAACAGCUCCUAUCAAGAGAUCGAGGAUGACGCGGACGUGGAGUGGAAGUUUGCGCGCUCCAAACUGUGGCUGUCCUACUUUGACAACGGCAAGACGCUGCCUCCUCCCUUCAGCAUCGUUCCAACUCCCAAGUCCUUCUACCACCUCAUCAGGUGGAUAGUUGGCAUGCUGCAUUGCCGACGACGAAGCCUGAAGAAGGACGUAGAGCUGGGAAUGGACAGUUCGAAGUCCAGGCUCAAUCUCUUCACCCAGUCCAACCUGCGCAUUGCAGAGUCCCACAGUUUUAACAGCAUCCUGAACCAACCCACUCGCUAUCAGCAAAUCAUGAAAAGACUCAUAAAACGCUACGUGUUGAAAGCACAAGUGGACAAAGAAAAUGACGAGGUCAAUGAAGGUGAGCUGAAAGAAAUCAAGCAGGACAUCUCCAGUCUACGGUACGAACUCCUGGAAGACAAGUCUCGGGCUACAGAGGAGCUGUCCUUUCUUAUCCAGAAACUGAGUGAGAAACUGAAGCUAGGCCCUACAACACGCUUCUACGAGUGACCCCACCGCCACCUCACAGUACAACCAAGCAGCCAAUGUCCCAGCAUUUCUCCACAUACUCCACAGCACCCCCUGGCCAGGUUGUUUUGUAAAAGUCUUCUCUUUGCAAAUCAAAGUGUAUGUCACAUGCGCCGAAUACAACCUUACAGUGAAAUGCUUACUUACAAGCCCUGAAAACUAACUUCAUGCAAAACUGUUGGUUAACAGACAAGAACAGCACAAGUAAAGGCAACAGCAAAAAUGAUUGUUGCCUCACUAUUUUGGUGUUCGGAGAAGUUGCCCUUAGACUGAUCUUGGGUCAGUUAAGCAUUUCCCCACUAAUGGUUAAGAUUAGGAUUGCGAGAGGGGAAGCUGAUCCUAGAUCUGUACCCAAAUGAAACUUUACCCCAGAGCCACUAUUUUACAUUAAGACAAAAAUGGUGUUACUGUUAUAGAUAUUUAUAUAUCAUUACUUAUUAACAUCUUUUAAGUAAAAAAAUUGUGACAUCUCUUUCAUAAGACAUACUUUAGACAAUGGUUGUUUAGUACUGGUUUUAUGUUUUUCUCUCGUUAUAGAUUUAUAACCAAACAGUAGGAUUAUUUGACAAUAUUUCCUCAAAUUCUCUCAUAAGAUAAUCAGUCAUUGAUUAAUGUCAUUAUUAUGUUUGUUCCUGAAAUCCACCUAGUUGCAAAGCACCUUUUAUUUUCUACGUAAACACUGUUCUUGUUGCUCGAAUUGCUAUGGCUAUUUUGGGGUUCUUACAUUGCGUGUUUUAAAGUUGUGUCCAGCCGAGGUCCUGGAAAGUGUACAUCAGAAUACAGUAAACAGUACAGGGGGAUAACCAAUGAUCUACAGGACAUUUGUAAAGUAUUCAGACCCCUUGACAUUUUCCAAAUGUUCUUACGUUACAGCCUUAUUCUAAAAUUGCUGGAAUCGUUUGACAAAACCCGUCAUCAAUCUACAAACAAUACCACAUAAUGACAAAGUAAAAACAGGUUUUUUGAUUUCUGCAAAAAUGUAUUUUUACAUACAGUACCAGUUAAAAGUAUGGACAAACUUGCUCAUUCAAGGGUUUUUCUUCAUUUUGACUAUGUUCUACAUUGUAGAAUAAUAGUGAAGACAUCAAAACUAUGAAAUAACACAUAUGGAAUCAUGUUGUAAACAAUAUUUUAUAUUUGAGAUAUUUCAAAGUAGCCACCCUUUGCCUUGAUGACAGCUUUGCACACUCUUGUCAUUCUCUCAACCAGCUUCACCUGGAAUGCUUUUCCAACAGUCUUGAAGGAGUUCCCAUAUGCUGAGCACUUGUCUGCUUUUCCUUCACCCUGCAGUUUAACUCAUCCCAAACCAUCUCUAAUGGGUUGAGGUUGGGUGAAUGUGGAGGCCAGGUCAUCUGAUGCAGGACUCCAUCACUAUCCUUCUUGGUCAAAUAGCCCUUACACAUUCUGGAGGUGUGUUGGGCCAUUGUCCUGUUGAAAAACAAAUGAUAGUCCCACUAAGCGCAAACCAGCUGUUGAGAUGUGUCUGUUACUUGAACUCUGAAGCAUUUAUUUGGGCUGCAAUCGGAGGUGCAGUUAAAUCUAAUUAGUUUGUCCUCUGCAGCAGAGGUAACUCUGGGUCUUCUUUUCCUGGCGGUCCUCGUGAGAGCCAGUUUCAUCAUAGUGCUUGAUGGUUUUUGCGACUGCACUUGAAGAAACUUUCAAAGUUCUUUAAAGUUUCCGCAUUAACUUACCUUCAUGUCUUAAAGUAAUGGACUGCCAUUUCUCUUUGCUUAUUUGAGCUGUUCUUGCUUUAAUAUGGACUUGGUCUUUUACCAAAUAGGGCUAUCUUCUGUAUACCACCCCUAUCUUUUCACAACACAACUGAUUGGCUCAAAUGCAUUAAGAAAGAAUUUCCACAAAUUGACUUUUUACAAGGUACAUCUGUUAAUUGAAAUGCAUUCCAUGUGACUACAUCAUGAAGCUGAUUGAGAGAAUGCCAAGAGUGUGCAAAGCUGUCAUCAAGGCAAAGGGUGGCUACUAAGCUGUCAACAAUUUUUUGGUACCUACAUGAUUGCAUAUGUGUUAUUUGAUAGUUUUAAUGUCUUCACCAUAAUUCUACAAUGUAGAAAAUAGUAACAAAAGAAAAAAUGCUGGAAUAAGUAGGUGUCCAAACUUUUGACUGGUACUGUAAGUAUUCACACCCUUUGCUAUGAGACUCGACAUUGAGCUCAGGUGCAUCCUGUUUCCAUUGAGCAUUCAUGGUAUGUUUCUACAACUUGAUUGGAGGGCCAUCGUGAGGGACAUGACCAAGAACUCGAUGGGUUCCUCUGUGGAGAUGGGAGAACCUUCUAGAAGGACAACCAUUUCUGCAGCACUCCACCAAUCAGGCCUUAAUGGUAGAGUGGCCAGACAGAAUCCACUCCUCAGUAAAAGGCAUCUGACAGCCUGCUUGGUGUUUGUCAAAAGGCACCUAAAGACUCUCAGACCAUGAGAAACAAGAUUCUCUGGCCUGAUGAAACCAAGAUUGAGCACUUUGGCCUGACUGCCAAGUGUCACGUCUGGAGGAAACCUGGCACCAUCCCUACGGUGAAGCAUGGUGGUGGCAGCAUCAUGCUGUGGGGAUGUUUUUCAGCGGCAGGGACUGGGAGACUAGGCAGGCUCGAAGGAAAGAUGAAUGGAGCAAAGUACAGAGAGAUCCUUGAUGAAAACCUGCUCCAGAGUGCUCAGGAUCUCAGACAAUGACAAUGGCCCUAAGCACACAGCCAAAACAACGGAGGAGUGGCUUCAGGACAGGUCUCUGAAUGUCCUUGAGUGGCCCAGCCAGAGCCGGGACUUGAACCCGAUCGAACAUCUCUAGGGAGACCUGAAAACGGCUGUUCAGCGACGCUCCCCAUCCAACCUGACAGAGCUUGAGAUGAUCUCCAGAGGAUAAUGGGAGAAACUCCCCAAAUAUAGGUGUGCCAAGCUUGUAGCGUCGUACCAAACAAGACAUGAGGCUGUAAUCGCUGCCAAAGGUGCUUCAGCAAAGGCUCUGAAUACUUACGUAAAUGUUAUAUUUCAGUUUUUUUGCUCAAAUUUCUAAAAACAUGUUUUUGCUUUGUCAUUAUUGUGUGUAGAUUGAUGAGGGGAACUGUUUCAUCCAUUUUAGAAUAAGGCUGUAACGUAACAAAAUGAGGAAAAAGUCGAGAUCUGAAAACUUUCCGAAUACACAGUAUAUAAACUCUGGAUUGCUGAUAAGAGACUUUGAAGCCACCGUUCAGUCAUAUUGGUACUCCCUAGUAGGAGCAGUCCUCCAUAGGAAUGAAUGGAAUUCUACAGUAUUUCAAUUAAAUGUUUCAAGGACAAAAUUACAUGUAUUUAAGUCUUGUUUUGUUGUAGUGGGGACAGUAACAUUUCAAACUUUCAAAAAAUUAUAUUUAUUUGUAUAUUUAUUUUUAGCUCACAUAUAAUUUGAAAGCAUGCAUUAAGAAUAAACGUGGCAAAAACAAAUGUAGACAUUAAUAAAUACAUUUCUAUACCUUCCAAAAUAUUUGUUACAAUGGUGGGGGAGUGCCAAGAUGGAGGCAUUGGACAUAACAUAAAGCCUGCAACACUUUCAUAAGCUGUACAUUAAGAUUCAGAAAUGCUUAUGGCAACAACCACAGUGUUGUCAUUGCAUACUAUCCCUACUAGGUACUGUUUUAGGUGUGUAAUGAGAGCAUACCCUUUCAAAAAAGUACAACAAUGUACCUGAACUCAAUGUAAGCAUUUGUAAUAGAUCGUUAAGAACUAAGUAAAUCUAACAUUAUCAAAGAUCAUGUAACGUUAUCAAAGAGUUAUGAUAUACAGUAGUUGUCAUUCCAUCCUAGAUGGGACUUGGUUAAGCAUUCCUCUCAGGUCAAAUGUGAUGAAUUCUAUAUAACACAUUCUUAUAUUCUAUGAUUUAACACAUACUUUUGUGGUUCAUCAUUCCUUUUAAGUGACUCAUACUGCAUUUAUGCCAAAUGCACCAUACAAGGCUAUGUCCAAUACAUUGCCAACUCAUUGAUAGGUGCUUGUGUGGGUAAACCUAUUUUCUCUGUGUAGCCCUGAUGUGAAAUUGUGGAUAGAAAGUGGAAAAUUGCCUCUUCGGGACCAGAUUUGGUUUACACUUAAGCAUUUAUUGGUAUAAUAAAGAGCUUUAGAUUUCCUUAAUGAUCUAUGCAGGAUAUACCAUUCCUUUCGUCUGAUAUCUAUAUUGUAAUUAUACUAGGGAACAGAAACAUGCAUUUGAUUAUAUAUUGUAUUUCAUAGGAAGUCUUUCCAUAGGAUGUUCUUAGACACUGUAAAUAAAGUUUAUUCUAGCUCAAUAACUGUAACAUUUCAGUCAUGGUUGAAUUUUCUCUUUUUAAUGAUCUAUUUUUGAGUAGAACAGAAAUAGUUGAAAGCGAAUGUUUGUAAACAUAUGAAAAUCGAUAGCUGCUGUGUUAUAAAAAAGGCUUGACAUAAGCAAUGGAAAACCUCAUACAAUAUAUCUCAUAACACAAUAUGUAAUAUUAUCAGAGACCUCUCCACUAAUUUUGGAUAGAUGUACCAACUAUUUCUUGGGGACAAGCUUACAUCAAUGUUUUUGUUACAGUAGGAUAUUCUUCACAUUUAAGCUAUGUAUUUUCAUAUACCCAUAUAUAUGAUUUUAUUUUGAUGGCUAUAAUUACAUAAUUGUACAAUGAGAUGAUCUAUAAACUAUAUGGUGAUGCAUAUUUUUAACAUGUUUUCUAUAUAAAAUGCCUUUGGAAAAA